CAAUGUCAAAUCUGAUAAAAAAUAAUACCUACGAUUUUAGAAAUUCUCCUCCAGCUUUUAGUAAAGAAAAUUAUCUAAAUCACCAUUAAUUUAAUUAGAAAUCAGACAUGAACUUCAGAAUUUGAUUACAAUAUAUUUUAUCAUUCAAUAUACAGCAAACAAAAUGGGUGGAAAAGCCAAAUCAAGCCAACGUACUAAAAAUAAUGUUCGGCCAUCGAGUAGUGGUAGGAGUGCGGAACUUCUCAAUAAUGCUGUGAACCUGGAUCCAUCCCUGCUUACGGGGGGAAAGAUGAUGUCAGCUUUGUUCCCUACUCUGGCCACCCCCGUGCUGGACCAAGGCAUCCCAGCAGAGUUCUCUAUUUGCAUUAAAAAACUUAAUAAGAAAGACCCUGUCACAAAAGUCAAGGCACUCCAAGAACUAAGCGAUUUAGUCGGCAGUAGUAAAGUGGACGAUGUUGUGUUAGUACUACCGAGCUGGGCCCACUUCUACAAAAUAUUGUCAGUUGAUACUGACUGCAAGGUGCGAGAAAUGGCACAGAUGUGCCAAGGAUCUUUCGCUGCUGCGUGCGGGCGUCGCCUAGCGGCGGUGCUGCGGCGCCUGGUGCCGGCCUGGCUGCAGGCGCAGUACGACGAGCACGCGCCGGCUGCUGCGCACGCGCAACAUGCGCUGAAGGCUACCUUCCCUGAGAAUAAGCUGCCAGAGGUCAUAUCGUUUUGCAAGAAUGAAGUCAUGGCACAUCUAAUAGACACUCUCAUUGGGAACGCACAGAAAACCCUCAUAAAACCGGCUGAAGAGGCGGAGGAGCGCGAAUUACAACUCCAACGGUUAGUGAUCAGCAGCCUGCAAGGACUGCAGUACUUUGUGGCGCAUCUACCUGAGGAGCACCACGACUGGCUGUGGCAGCAGCUGCAGCCGCUGCUGGGCGCCAACGCCUUCUGGAAGUACGCCAGCAACGCGUCGGUACCACUCAGGGCGGCGUGGUUCGCGAGCGUGUCGCGCGUGGCGGGCCGGUUCGCGAGCACGUUCGCGGCGCAGGCGGGUGCUCGCGCGCUCAAGCUCGUGCUCGCGGCCGCGCACGACGCGCCGCCCGCGCUCGCGCCCUUCGUCUGGGGCUGCUUGUUGCAGUUCAUGCAUAGUGUGCCGGACUGGCACAAAUACCUGGACAGAAAAGAUUUACUUAUGAAAAGAAUGCUCGAUAUGUUAGAAAAAGGUGGUUGGGGUGAUGCCAAACGGCUUACCGACAUGCUUCUCCCGUUGUUGGCACACUUGCCUCCAGAAAUGCUGACUAAAGAAUUCUACGAAAUUUUCUUCAACUCAUUCUUCAAAGGCUUAGAAAAGAAAAGCAUAUUGAUUUCGAAAAGUGAACGCCAACACUGGAUCGCGAGUAUAGCCGAAUGUUUGAGGUAUCUCUCCAUCCAACAAAGCGAUUUCGCCGUAGAAGUGACGACAGCCGUUCACAGAAAUUGGCUGAAAUUCGCCCUUUCCUCAGAACGUGAAGGACAACUUAAAACCAACUUGAUCAAACACUCUGCUACCAAUAUGGCAGCUUUAGUGAAGUUCUGGUUAAAACAGUCUACAGAGACGAAUGGCGAGAAAUAUGAUCAACUCAUUAGAAACUUUUGGCAAAACGUCUGCUCAACAGUUUUGAGUCAAAUUGAAAAACCGGACGGCGGCGACAUCACUCAGAUAGUAGAAGGGCACAUAUUACUCCUGCAGACAUUAAAAAUUGCUUUCUUGAGUGACGGUAAAAAGGUUCAGAGCAUUAAGUUUGAUGGCGAUGUGCCAAACGAAACCGAAGCUAAGAUUCCUACGCAGGAGGUCGAUGCUGCCACCAUGGAAAGGUAUAACCAUAACUUGAAUGAAGUUGUCGAGAAAAUCUGUUGCAAUUACUUUGAAUACGCUGACAAAAAUGACGUUUCCGAUGCAGUACUAAUGCCCUUAAUCACUAUAUUGAACGAAUUUGAUAGUAAACAUUUGUAUAUGGCAUUGGCGAAGCAUUUCUCCGCGACCAGUAUUCACGAUUUUUAUGAUAAAGUGUUAAUGAAGUGGAUGUUAAGGGACACAAUGUGUUCUAAAACAAUUGUCGAUAUCAUCUUUAUCUUGCUGAAACAUUUGACUGAGGAAGAACAAGAAGCUGUCAUUAAUACAUUUGAUAAGUUGGGUCACGGCGUGGCCGCGGUGGAGUGGUGCGUGGGCGCGGCGCUGGGGCACGCGAUGUGGGGCGUGGCGGGGUCGCGCGCGUGGCUGCACGGGGCGCGGGUGCGGGCCGUGCUCGGUGCGGCCACCGCGCGGGCGCUGCGGAGGGAGUGCUCGCGGGCCACAACGCUGCUGCUGAUGGCGCUGUCGGCCGACGCGCGAGGCGAAAUGCUCAUAAGCGAAGAGACAGCAUCCGAAAUAGCUGAGUUAGCAAGCAACGCGCUAUCCGAAUGUCUAGAAGCGUCCGAAUCAGGCUCACAGUCAGAAUUCGACUUGGAACACGUGGCUUCGGUAGCUUCCCACCUCGCCACAGCAUUAGCCGCGCGCAGCACCGACAGCGCCGGCUACCAGCGCCUGGUGCGUGGCCUACUGCAGCUGCUACUGCGAGUGCCGCGCGGGGACCGGCGCCUGAGUGCGGGCGGGUGGCGCGAGGCCCGCUCCGCAGCUCACGACGGGCUGAGCGCCGCGGCUCCAGCGGAUCGCACUCGAGCCGCCGCCCUACUGUCCACGCGACUCGCAGCGCUGGUAAACGAAGUCGAUGUUCCCCAAAUCGAGCACAUGACAUCUCUCGCUCCGUACUUACUCAGCGGAUGCUCCUCCGCAGACGACGUACAAGAUGUGGUAGAAUUAACCAAGCAAUUACUAGACUUUAAUCUCGACCCAUCAGUGGAAAUCCCGGCAGUGCGUCACGACUGCGUUACCGGUCGCUUUAAUUGCCCCUUCGACGAUGACAACGACAUUAUACGCGCAGUAGUCAAAGACAGCGAGAAUCCUAUAGAACUCGCAAAAGAAACCCUUGUGCCGUGCAUAAAUAAAGUCCUCUUUCGAGCGUCGUACAUCAAAACGAUUCUCCACGCGAGCACAGAUGAAGAGGAUGAAAAGAAAGAAGAUAAUAGUUGGUGCAAUAUGCUGCUAAGUAACGAUUACUUGCAGAUGGAAUUCUGUAAGCUAUUAAGGGAAUUCAUGGUGCUCAGAUCGCUGGAUGAAGCCUACGGUUUCUGGCUACACCACGAUAUAAUUAGAGACGCUAAGGGCAAACUUGACGCUAUUAUCGAUGAUAUAAUAGUUGCUACUGAAAUUACAACGAGAAGCAAUAUUAAAGCUCGGCUUUCAGAGCUCGCAGCCGCCGAAGGUUACUAUUGGGCCUUUGCCAGAAGGUUAUAUGAGGUCAAAGCUGAGGGAGGAAAGACCGUAGACAAGAAUCCUGAUGAAAAAGUGCCCAGCGCAGUCGACAAUAAUGAAGAAGACAAUUCAGAAGUUACUUCCAGUGAAGAUGGCCCUCCAGAUGUUAAUAAGGAUAACGUAAAGGAUACCAAGUUGGAAAACGAUGGAGACGGCGAUCAUGAUCCAAAUUCCCAACCUUCCCCUACUCCAAAUAGUAACGCAGAUGAAGAAAACAUGCUGCAGAAGAUUAGCGGCAAAGGAUAUUAUCAUUGUUUACAGGCCAACUGCGAGUGGGGUGGGUCUGGCAGGCAACGUAUGACGUCCCUGUUCUCCGGCGCGCUGCGCAGCGUGGUGGCGGGGUUCCCCGAGGCCGCUGCCGGCCACGGUGCGAGCGAGAAGGCGAUAGCCAGCGCUAUCGCUCACGACUUGGACUUGUUCGUCGAGAUUUACCAUCGACUAGAUCCGGCUAUGUUCGGAGAGAGGGAUAUAACGCAAAUGUCGUGGGCCCAAGUGGUGGCCGAGGCGUGGAUAAUGGAGUGCAGCACCGCAGUCCUGCGGCAGACGGGAUGGGAUGCGCCGCAGCAUCACUGGGACUUCGUCACCGUCACUCUGUGCGCGAUUACUGACAACCUGUACCGGGCUAAACAUCACACCGACAAUACUAAGGUGGCGAUGAUAGCGCACUCUGCGCUCAAACUAUACACGUUCGUGAAUGAGUUCAUAUCGCACAUCCCCCACCAGUGCACCAGGCGCAUGCCCUCCCAGCACGUGGCCGCGCUGCCCCACGAGUGGCGCGAUGUGUUCAGCCCCGCCCUACAUCGGAAUCUGUACGCGCUGGCGGCACAUAUACUGGACUCUUCAUCGAAAUCGAUGACUUAUAACAAGUCUCGCGUCAUGAUCAGCCUGUCUCGGGCCAUCCGUCUAGCUGACUGGAAUCUCAUAGACUCGGCCCACAAGAACUCGUCCCUCCAGCUCUCCGUAUUGGUGGAAAAGUGCGGACAAGCAUUGGCCCAACCUCUACAUCCAUUGGUGCACUGUUUGGCCCACGCGACUCUCAUUGCGUUAGCUUCGCCGCUCGCUGAUUAUGAUGCGGAGAAAUUGUCGUCGUGGAGCGUUGAAGGACCUGAAGGCAGCAGUUCUCGGCCCGUGCUGGCCCCGGAUUGGUUCCAGCCGCAUCUCACUCGCGCCUUACAGUUGACUGACGAAAUAUUAUCGCCUUACACGGCGGGUCUGGAGGCAUGCGUGAUGCAGCCAGAUUCGGACAGUCACGGGCUGGCGCUGGGCGCGCUGUUACUAUCCGACGCGCUGUACGAGCUGAGUGCUCGCGCCAAGCAAGGACUCGCGCAUCACUACACGCAGAUGUUGAGGGACGCGCGCUUCGUAGAGACGUUGCUGCCGGUGUCGCUGCGGUUGCUGCCCGCGCCGCUGCUGGCCGCCGCCAAUGGAACGGCGCCUCUACCCGCGCACUACGCGCAUAUGUUUCAUACGACCCCGCUCAUACACGAACAAGAGGGUCGCUGGCGCGGGGCGGUGGAGUGGCUGGCGUGCCGCGCGGUGUACGCGUGCGUGGCGGGGCCCGGGGGGGGCGCCGCGAGGGGGUGGUGGGGCGCCGCGGGCCGCGGGGGGCGGGGGCUAGCCCGCCUCGUGGCCGCAUACAUCACGAGGGACCUGGUCGACAGGCAGAUGCACACGCUGCACAACUACACGCAUCCGGACGUGGAAAUCCGCAUCCACCGCGCGUCCCGCGAAGUGAUCGCCGAGCUGACGGUGGAGGAGCGGCGCGUGGAGCUGAUCAUCAGAUUCGGGACCGAGCACCCGCUCACGGCCCCGGCCGUCGCCGCGCCCGCGCCCCGACCCUCGGUGCCGACCGCCUGGAUCCCCGUCUACAUCGCGUACCAGAACGGCACGGUGGUGAACGCCAUCAAGAUGUGGAGCUCGGCCAUCAGCUCGCGCGUGGAGAGCUCCCCGCAGUGCUACAUCUGCUACUGCAGGCUGCACCCCACCACCGGCCACCUGCCUACCGUGCCCUGCCACCAGUGCCGGAACCGCUUCCACACGCCCUGCCUGCAUAAAUGGUUUGUGUCGAGCCAUCGGUCCAACUGUCCUCUGUGCAGAUCCUCGUUCUAGCAACUUCACACACACCUGAAGGCGAAUUUCAGCGAUCAGGAUGACAAAACAUAUUACACAGUGUCUAUUAUGCAAUUAUUUUUUGUCUUAAAUAAAAAGAGAAUAUGUGAGACUAGGUCUAACUAGAUGCUGUUUGUAGAGUAUGUUAUCAAUUAAAUAACUCUAUAGCUAAUAAUAUAUUAUUUUAUAUAGCUAGCUAUUUUUGUGACAAAAAAAUUGUGAAAAAACUUAAAGCAUAACAAAGUUAUAAAAACAAUAUUUAUUGUUGAUAAUAUUUUGGUCCAACAGCUGAAAAGAUUGUUAAGUAUUUAUAAGUGCAUGUGAUGUGACGUUCAAAUAAUAGACAAUUAGUUUUUUAUAUUGUAAUGAAAUUUGAACUCCCAUUAAUACAUUCAGAUAAAAACAUUUUUCAGUUAAUUGAAGACACUGAGUUUUCAUUUAUGAGUAUUCAUGUUGAUUGAUCAAUAAAUUAUAUUGUACAAUUAGAUUUUUAUUUAUAAACCAAUUUUAUGUUGUAAUGAGGACUCGAAAGAGCAAGGAUACAUUUUGAUUCACAUUAAGUACUUUUAUCUUUAAGUAUCAUCUUCAAAUAAUUCUAGUAACUUUAUGGCAUCACACCGAUUUAAAUUAUAUUAAUUGUUUCACAUUUAUACAAUAAUUGCUACUUUAUAAACAUCAAGAUCAUCUUGCCUUUCUGGACAUUUAAUAAUGAUACAAACCUUGCUAUCUAUCCCCUACUUUCCAUUAAACUCAGUUUUUGUACUCUGUUAUUCCAUUAAAUAACAAAAUAAUGAUACACUACUUUUUUGUUUCCUUUUAAACUGAUCUGAUUGAACUGUUUAUAAUGAAAUAUAAAAUUAUAAUAAUUUUAUCUUAAAAUUGAUAACAAUUUACCAGUAAUACUAAAAUUUUAUAUGAAUUUAUGCUAUUAAAUAGAAUAUUAUAUAGAAUUUUAUCUCUAUAAUGUUAUAUUGGCCUCGAACAGUCUCAUACAGAAUUCAUAUGACAUUUUCAGUCACUAAGCUCCCUUAUGGAAGAGUCUCAUUGUUCCAUCUUAUUUACAAACAAGUACAAAAUUUCCAAGGGGAUCAUUUACCAAGCUCAAUCCAAUUUACAAAAAAUGUUAUCUCUUCAACGUGUCUGCAGCUGUCUGUUGAUCCAGUCAAUAUCUUCAUAGAAGCGAGGGUCACUGAUGCGGAGAGCUGCUCUUUUAUAGAAGAAAUAGUAACAUGGAGACACUCAUCUCUGCACAGUGAAUAGGAAUAUAAGCAUAGGCGUGGAGAUGGAAUCGUGUUCAGUCCACUUUUCCAGCAACCAUACGGCGUGCAGCGUGACGCUAGCCGUGACGUAGGCCACGCACACCGCCGCCGCCGCGCGGAACUUGCGGAUCAAUACUUCCACCAAACCAGCCUGCACAACAAACAAUACCAAAAGAACGUCAUCAGCAUUGUCGUCAUGGAUAGAAUGAGAAAUAAAUCUUGAAAUAUGAAUAUCACGAGUAAACCAUCUCGAGUUCUAGGAAAUAAACUCAAGCAAUUAAAUAGUAGAUCACACAGCAUAAACAAAAUUUGGAAACACAAACAACACGUAUAUCUUGGCGUAGAUAGUUUCAUUUUGUAUGGGAAGUAUUUAUUUACUUUUACGAAAAUCGUCGCAGUUCCAAAAUUCGCAAGAAAAUCGAAAUCGACCGCUCCCGGAAAGCAAUUUUAUUUUUAAUUUCUAGGCAUAGGCAAAGUAUACUAAGUUUUUACAGUCUAGAACUUCGUAU